AAGGAAAGGAGAAACUAAAAGAAGAGCAAAGAAGAGAAGCGGAGUGCAAGACAAGACCGAAGUUGGCGGCAAGGCGGGCGCGGCCCGGGUGGGCAGGGCCGGCUGCCGCCCCGCCCCCGCCCGCCGCCGCCGCCGCCGCGCCCGCUGCCGGCCGAGCCCCCGCUAAAGGAGGCAGGGAGCGGGGCAGCGCGGCAGUGCGCCCCGAGCCUCGCCCGAGCCCUCAGCCCCGACAGCCGCGCCGGCAACCAGCGGGAGCCGCGCCGGGAGGGAUGCGGGGCGCCGGGGAGGAGACAGGGGCGGUAAGCACGGCCCCCACGCCGCUGUGAGCCCCCAGCUCCUCGCAGAUACAGAGAGAGGAGAUAUAUACGUGUAUACGCACGGACUCUGCGCUUAUACACAUAUAUAUAGAUCCACCGACAGCGGCACCGCUUUUUUCCCCGGGAGCGGCCGCCAAGGCACAGCCCCGAUGCCCGGCGGGGCGGCGGAGCCGCCUUUCGGGCGCGCAGGACCCUGCUAGAGGCGGCGCCCCCCUCGGGCUGGAUGCGCGGCGCCGGUGCAGGCGGCACCCCCGGGCCGGCCGCCGGGGACCCCCGGCGCUAGGGGCUGGCCAGGCCCCCCGCCCCGGCCCGGCGGCGGCGGUGCGGGGAUGCUGGCGCUGGGGCAGAUGGACGGCGCGCCCCGGCAGGGCGCCUUCCUGUUGGGCAGCCCGCCGCUGGCCGCCCUGCACAGCAUGGCCGAGAUGAAGGCGCCGCUGUACCCCACGUACCCCCUGCCCGCCGGGCCCGCCUCCUCCUCCUCUGCCUCCGCCUCGCCCGCCUCCGCUUCGCCCUCGCCGCCACUCGGUUCUCCCGGCCUCAAGGCGCCCGCUGCCGCCGCCACGGGCGGACUCUCGACGCUGGGCUCGGCCCCGCCGCAGUUGUCGGCCGCCACCCCGCACGGCAUCAACGACAUCCUCAGCCGGCCCUCCAUGCCCCUGCCGGGCGCCGCGCUCGCCUCCGCCUCGCCCUCCGCCUCCUCGGCGGCGCCCGCCGGGCUGCUGGCCGGUCUGCCCCGCUUCGGCAGCCUCAGUCCCCCGCCGCCGCCGCCGCCCGCCCUCUACUUCAGCCCCGGCGCAGCAGCCGCCGCCGCUGCCGUGGCCGCCGGACGCUACCCCAAGCCGCUGGCAGAGCUGCCCGGCCGGACACCGAUCUUCUGGCCAGGGGUGAUGCAGAGCCCGCCCUGGAGGGACGCCCGCCUCGCCUGCGCCCCCCAUCAAGGCUCAAUUUUGCUGGAUAAGGACGGAAAGAGAAAACAUACCAGACCCACUUUUUCUGGCCAGCAGAUUUUCGCCCUGGAAAAGACUUUCGAGCAGACGAAAUACCUGGCUGGCCCGGAGCGAGCCCGGCUGGCCUAUUCGCUGGGAAUGACGGAGAGCCAAGUCAAGGUCUGGUUCCAGAACCGACGGACCAAGUGGCGGAAGAAGCACGCGGCGGAGAUGGCGACGGCGAAGAAGAAACAGGACUCAGAGACGGAGCGGCUGAAGGGCGCCUCGGAGAACGAGGAGGAGGACGACGACUACAACAAGCCCCUGGACCCCAACUCAGACGACGAAAAGAUCACGCAGCUGCUGAAGAAACACAAGCCGGGGGGCGGCGGGCUGCUGCUGCACCCCCCCGAAGGGGAGGCCUCCGCCUAGCCCGCUCCGCCCGCCGCCGCUUUCGGAGAUGUACAGAUCUAUUUUUCUAGACUCUACGCGCCCGGGAGAAGGAGGAGAAGCCGGAGAGGGAGCAGAGAGGACUGCGGCGGAGCGGGGCCCCAGCGGGCGCGCCCGUCCCCCGGCGCCACGUGUUAUUGUAGGGUCGCAGGCGGCGGAGAGCGGCGGGGGCUGCCCCGGCCCGGGUCCCGCUCCCGGCAGUGCGGCGGCCGCCUGUCGCCGGCUCUUUGUAAAUAAACCGUGAGUCACCCGCGACCAUAGGCGUUCCUUACUGUGAAUAUUUAAAAUGUAAAAUACCUUCUUUUUUUGUACAGUGGGGCCUGGGGGCGCCGUCCCCCUGCUCCGCGCUCGCCGCCGCGGCCGGGCGGCACCGGGGGCACCCCCGGAGCCCCGAAACGGGCGGCAACUGGGCCGCCCAGAAAAAAAGCCGCCGUGGCUGCCACCGGCUCCUCCCUCGGGCCGAAACUGCAGUGGGCCCGCGUGCUAUUUAUUAGUAUUUUUGAAACACUUUCUGUUCCGGUGUCGUGCAGAGGGAGGGGGGAGAGGACGAAGGGACAGAGUUUGCUUUCACUCACACCGUUUCCGAUCAACCGCGUGUUGAAAAAGUAGCUGGUGGGAAUUGUCACAACCACUUUCAGUCAAAAUAUAAAAUUCAUUUAGUUGCUGUAAUUGAAUUUAAAGUGUGUUUUCUUUUGUAUCAUAAGGACUACUAUAGAAUGUAAAUGUUUUCCCUUUUUUUUUAAGCUAAUAACGAUGAUAUAUCGUGAUAUAGCAUCUUAACAUUUAUUAAUUUAUAUUAAAAAUAAUUCGGUUUGUAAAGAGAAGUCCUUUGCAAGACCAGUUAAAUGUAAUGCACUUUCUGUUAAAAAAACAAAACAAAACAAAAACAAAACAAACGAUAAAUCAAUUAAACCAGUCUAAAGACGUCUGCUGCCUUCACUAAAGGGUAGAGAUAAUCUGAUCCCAUCAGAGAUUAAAUAAUGAAACCGACGGAACAGGAAGAAAAAAAAGUUCAAUCUCUUGUUCAGUUUCAAUAGUGGGUUUUUAAUUUGUUUUACAUUUUUAAAUUAUUAUUAUUUUUUAAAAUAUAUGGAAGUUGUCUACUUUGUUGUGGGGGUUGGAGAAAGAUAAAAAUAAGAUAAGCGGCGGCUUGUUUGGGGACAGGGCUGGAGGCUCCUGCCCUCGCCGGUCCCUCUGUGAGUGGGCAGGCAGCUUUUCCACUCGGGCCCCGGAGCGAUUCGCCUCAGCUUAGAUUAGGCUAUAUUAACUUUUUAAGCGGCGAGCAACAGAAGCUGUUAUCGAGGACAGAGUGUUACCGUUAUUAUGGAAAAGCAACUGCUUUCCGAGAAGCAAACGGCGAAUAAAAUAAGAUCCCGGCUAAGGGUCUAGAGUAGUAGUUAGACCCAAUACCGAAACAGCUAGGUUAAAUUGAAACUCAUUAUCUGGACGCGAUCAUUUCCAUAUCUAAACAGACCAGAAACAAUCGUUUUUUUUCCCGGGUGCGGCAGAGCAAACACAAGUGCCGACGUGAGAGAGAAAGGGGCGAUCAAAUCAUCAAAUCUGGGGGAAAAUAAAUAAAUAAAUAAAUAAGUAUUCGUCCAUCAAUUUGUGAAUAAUUUUCU